AAUCUCCAGUUUUUCCAGUUAAAUGAAAAAUAAUUGCAAACUGUAAAGAUUACAGUAUUAAAGAUGAAAUUAUGGUGAAAUUAUUGAACCAAAGAAAAGGACGAUGAAAAUGGAUAUCAUCUUCAUCUCAGCUUCCUUCUAGUUCCUCAGCAGAAACCCACUGAAGCAUUUUCACCAAGUCAAAGCCUAGCGCCAUGGAAUUCUUUCACCACUGAGCUUUUUUGGGAAGAUUGAAGCUCAGAUGUACUGAAAAUUGGGGGAAAAAAGGGAAGUAGAAAGCUUUCAGCUGUGUGUUUCCCCAUUUCUUGCCAGAUUUAGAAGCCGAAUCUAGGAACUGGGCAAAAACCCUCUGUUUUUUAAUUUAAUGGGGCACCAACAAAGCUUGGGUUUCUUUCUAUUUCUAUGGAUUCUUUUGCUAUCUCCGGUUCCUCUUUCCAUGGCGAGGUUUGUGGUGGAAAAGAACAGCUUGCGGGUGACUUCUCCUGAGAGAGUAAGAGGGACGUACGAUUCCGCCAUUGGAAACUUUGGGGUUCCUCAGUAUGGAGGUAGCUUGGCGGGUGUGGUAGUUUAUCCAAAGGAGAAUCAGAAAGGUUGUAAAGAGUUCAGUGAUUUCCAAAUCUCGUUCCAGUCCAAGCCUGGGUCUCUCCCUACUUUCGUCAUGGUUGAUCGUGGAGAUUGUUUAUUUGCUCUUAAGGUUUGGAAUGCCCAAAAGGUCGGUGCUUCUGCAGUUCUCGUCGCAGACCACCUGGAUGAGCCAUUAAUAACUAUGGACUCACCUGAAGAGGAUGGUUCAACUGCAACAUAUGUAGAGAAUAUAACAAUACCAUCUGCACUUAUAAGAAAGAGUUUCAGUGAACAAUUAAAGAAAGAAAUCAGUGGUGGGGAAAUGGUCAGCCUGAGUCUUGAUUGGAGAGAAGCUGUUCCACAUCCCGAUGAUCGUGUGGAAUAUGAGCUUUGGACUAAUAGUAAUGAUGAAUGUGGAUUUAAGUGUGACAUGUUGAUCGAAUUUUUGAAAGAUUUCAAGGGUGCUGCACAGAUACUUGAGAGGCGUCGCUAUACUCAGUUUACGCCACAUUAUAUAACUUGGUUCUGUCCACAGGCAUUCACCUUAAGCAGACAAUGCAAAUCACAAUGCAUCAAUCAUGGAAGAUAUUGUGCUCCUGAUCCAGAGCAGGAUUUUAGUUCAGGGUACGAUGGGAAAGAUGUAGUUAUUGAAAACCUGAGACAGCUUUGUGUUUUCAGAGCUGCAAAUGCAACUGGAAGGCCCUGGGUUUGGUGGGACUAUGUGACUGAUUUUCAAAUUCGAUGUCCCAUGAAGGAGAAAAGAUACAACAAGGAGUGUGCUCACUCCGUAAUUAAAUCACUUGGGCUUGAUGUAGACGUGAUAGAAAAGUGCAUGGGAGACCCAGAGGCUGAUUCUGAAAAUCCUGUCCUCAAAGAAGAGCAACAAGCACAAAUUGGAAAGGGAUCAAGGGGUGAUGUAACCAUAUUGCCAACUCUUGUGGUCAAUAAUCGACAGUACCGAGGAAAGCUGGCAAAGGGUGCUGUCCUGAAAGCCCUAUGUGCAGGUUUUGAGGAAUCCACUGAACCAUCUAUUUGUUUGAGUAGUGAAAUGGAGACAAAUGAAUGCUUGGAGAACAAUGGUGGUUGUUGGCAGGAUAAAGCAGCCAACCUCACAGCCUGUAAGGAUACUUUCCGUGGGAGGAUUUGUGAGUGCCCACUGGUAGAUGGGGUGCAGCUUAAAGGAGAUGGUUACACCAUCUGUGAAGCUAGAGGGCCUGGAAGGUGCAACGUAAAUAAUGGCGGUUGUUGGCAAGAUAGUCGUAAUGGACUUUCUUUCUCAGCUUGUUUGGAUAAUGGGGAAGUUAAAUGUAAAUGUCCUCCAGGAUUUAAAGGUGAUGGUGUCAGAAAUUGUGAAGAUAUCAAUGAGUGCAAAGAGAGGAAGGCUUGUCAAUGUCCCGAGUGUAGCUGCAAGAAUACGUGGGGAAGCUACGACUGCAGUUGCAGUGGAGAUCUUAUAUAUAUAAGGGACCAUGAUACCUGCAUAAGUAAGCAUGCUAGUGCAGCAAGAUCAUCUUGGAGUUUCUUCUGGAUUAUUUUGAUAGGCCUGGCUCUGGCUGCUGGUGGGGCAUAUGCGGUGUACAAAUACAGAUUACGGGCAUAUAUGGAUUCUGAGAUAAGAGCUAUUAUGGCACAGUAUAUGCCCCUGGACAGCCAAGCAGAAGUCCCGAAUCACGUCAAUGGGGACCGUAUGUGAAAGCGACUAACAUCGUUUCAUUUCAAGGAUUCGGAUGCCUCUGCAAACGAAAUGGUUCGUCGUGCUUUCUAAUCGUGGUCACCGAAUUUUUGGACAAAUCUUAUGUUGUGUUAUGUAAUGUACAUGGUCAGACAAUAAACAUGGAAAAGUGAAAGCCCUCUUUGAUUUGAGGCUGUAGACUUGUUAACAGAUAGAAGAAAUUUACUAGACUCUUUAGGUUGAAGCAUCUGAGAAAUCUGCCAAAAUCCCAAAUUGCUUCAGUUUCCAUCAUCAGAUUUAGCUUUCAUGACAUUGAUAUUUCUUCAUGUGAUAAGAAAUAAGCAUUUUUCUUAUAUUUGUACCAAUAAAGAGGAUUGUGCUAGGUGUAAAAUAACUUCGAGCCACGGUCUCGAAGCAAAAUGAGAAUAAAGUAGGUCUCGGGGGAAUUCGAAA